AUGGACACCGGAAUCUACCGAGUUCACAAAUUCUCGACCAAACCUCCAGGCCAUGACGCUUCUCGACAACGUGAAAACCAGCGGCGACACCGGGCGAGAGUGAAAGGCCGGAUUACCGAGCUUGAAGAGUUGCUUUCCGCCACUCAAAGCAAACUUGAUGACGCGCUAAAGAGGAUCGAGAUCCUGACUGCCGAGGUUCACCAACUACGGCAUCGCCCUAGCUCGGGGUCAACCCCAUCACCACAAACAACAACCAAUCAGCCACGGUGCUUUCUUGGGCCAGAAACCUGCGUUGAGCUUGAAGCCUUUGAUGAGACGGUGAACGACGGGAUAACGGGACAGCCGCUUACGGGCUUAUCUCCGGAAACAAGGCCGACCCCAGAGCCAAGUCCCUCUGUCACCCAUGAACCCUCUGUCACCCAUGAACCCUCAACCACCAACCCGCAACUUCUCUCUAAACUACCAGGAAGUAGCGUACCCCUAUCCGGCUUCGAGGAUCCGAACGACGACUGCGCUCUCCUGCCACCCCCCAGCCCCGGCGAGUCCACGAUUCCCUGCCGCGAAGCCUACUCCAUUAUCAAAGACCGCAGUCCGCCAGAAUUCGACUUAUCCACCGCUGCCGAGUGGUUGCUGCCGGGGUUCCGGUGCGCCGUCGUUCCAGGAACUGGGUGUCGUGUGCAGACGCACAUCUUGUUUGCUUUUGUCGACCACAUCACCCCAAUGUAA